CGCGAUGCUCUCCGCGCUGAGCUGCUGCGCUCUCUCCUUCUCAAUUCAGCGCGGCAUCGACGGCGUUCUUAGUACUCGGCUGCCCCAGCCCGUUGCUGCCGCCUCCAUCGCCUUCGAGAUCACUUCGGUCCGAGGCGACGACGCCUCUCUCGACCGCGCCGCUCGCUUCUUCGUCGAGGGCUUCUGGGCGGCGAGCACAACCACGGACACUGGCGGCGCGCUCACAGACCGCGACCGCGACCAGCUCGCCGCGCUGCAGCGGGACGACAUGAUCGCUCGGUACGGCGAGACGGUCGGCGCUCGGAGGCUCCGCUCGUCGCUCUUUGUGGCGGAGGACCCGAGCAGUGGCGCCAUCGCCGGGUGUGUCGGCGUCGAGAUGGCGCUCGUCGACCCGUCGCGCGGCCGCGUCCUCUCGCGCGCGCAGUCGGAGAAGCUGUUUAGCGACGAGCUCAACUCGAUGGGGGCGCGCGAGCGGGGCACGUACCGCAAGAUGAGUGCGGCGGAGCUGACAGAGGCGCUCUUCCCAGAGUACAAAUGCCUCGCCCUCCUCGCCAACCUCGCCGUCGCGCCAGCCGCGCGCGGCAGCGGUCUUGGCCGCCGGCUGUGUGCGCGGUGCGACGAGGCGGCGGACGACUGGGAGCUGCCCGCGAUCAUGCUGCAGGUGGAGCUGGCAAACGCGCCCGCUCGCAAGCUGUACGAGGCCGCCGGGUACCGCGCGGUGUUUGCCGACGAGGGCGCGAGCGCGCUACGCGUGAAGCCGGGAGGCGCGGAGCUGCAGCUCGAGUCCGUCCCGUCGACUCUGCUGCUCAUGGGCAAAGGCGUCUGACGAUGGCAUGCGCUGUGGUUGGACUCUAGACUCCUUGUCCGCGUUACCGCCUCUUGCUUCGUGUGUUUCUUGCUUUUGGUGUCCGUGAUGUGC